AUGGCUAGUUUCUUGGACUAUGGGAGCAGGUCACCUACUUUCCCGAGGUUUGUGAGGAGAUCGCCAACAUUUUCGAUACUAGAGAAGUCACCGACGGUCUCUACGUCCGCCACUCCCGCUGGGUUGCUAAGUAUUGGCACCAGAGAAAGGGAAAGCAAAGAUAGCGAAACCAGUGUUGCUGCGAGCGAUAAGUCGCCAUUUCCAGGACCAGAAGAUGGGCGGACGAGUGGUGACAGUGACGAAAUUUCGGGAAAAGAGCCGGUAGAACAGGCCAAAGCAGGUGGCGUGAAAGGAUGGUUCAAGAAGAGAUUUAAGGCCAGGGAAGGGUAUGAUGGUGCAGUUUUGGGAUUCCAGACGACGGAUGCUUAG